GUUUAGGGUGAAGAUCUGAUGAAGGUGAAAGUUGAGGUUGAAGUAGAAGAGACGUAUGUGAGGGAUGAUCAGCAAUGUACGGAGGAGGCUGGAACGAUGAGGACACUCAUAGAGGAGGAUGGAACAACAAGGACGCUCAUAGAGGAAGAUGGAGUCAUCAGGGCAAUCAAAGAGGAGGACAUUCCUACGGAGAUCAGCACAGGUUGUAAGAUGGAAGAUGAGGACAUCACAGCAGAUUGUGCGGGAGAAGAGACAAUGAGCUCAGCUAUGGAUGGUGGACUUCACAGUGUGGAUAGACCAUGGAGUCCCUCUGACUCUGAGCAACCUCAUCCUGUGGGGGAUGGUGCCGGAAUUCAGGAGGAGAAGACAUUUCCCUGUGCUGAGUGCGGGGAAAGUUUUACCUCUGAAUCAGAUCUUUGCGUACAUCAGAGUUCUCACAUGGGUGACAAGUUUCUUUACUGUUAUGAGUGUGGGAAAUGUUUUCUUUUUAAAUUUGCGCUCAUUAACCAUUAUAGAUCUCAUACGGGGGAGAAGCCAUAUUCCUGCCCAGAGUGCGGGAAAUGUUUUUCACAAAAGUGCCAACUUAGCCAACACCAGAGAUUACACACGGGGGAGAAGUCAUAUUCCUGUUCUGAGUGCGGUAAAUGUUUUUCACUAAAGUGCCAUCUUACCCAGCAUGAGAGAUUGCACACGGGGGAGAAGCCGUUUUCUUGCCCUGAGUGCGGGAGAAGUUUUUCACACAAGUCCAGUUAUAUCAGACAUCAGAGAUCUCACACGGGCGACAAACCUUUUGUCUGCACUGAGUGCGGCAAAUCUUUUUCAGCGAAGUCCACUCUUAACUUACAUCAGAGAUUACACACAGGCGAGAAGCCGUAUUCCUGCCCCGAGUGUGGGAAAUCCUUUUCACAAAAGGCCCAUCUUGCCAGUCAUCAGAGUUUGCACACGGGCGAGAAGCCAUUUCCGUGCACAGAGUGUGGGAAGUGCUUUCUUCAUAAAUCCAAACUGCUCAAACAUUACAAAUCUCACGUGGGGAAAAAGCCAAAUUCCUCCCCAGAGUGAGGGAAAUGGGUUUUACAAAAGAACC